GUGCUCGCUCGCCAAAAAUGCCAUGCAUUCGCCUACUAGUACGGGAAAGAAAUGUGCUGCGUUACAAUGACGCAAUCUCUGCGCAUGUCCGACCUCCUUAGCCCGGCCCGGCCUAGCUACUAUAACUAGCGCCCCUAUGCCUGGUGAUAAAGCUGUAGGCGGGCACACGAUCGAUGCAGUUCAAGGUUCAUUCGGGCAAUCACGCGCAUGCGCAGUGAGGUUUCGUGUCUGCCGCUCGCUAGCUGUGCGUGUGUUUCAACAGAUCGAGGCAAGUGAAGUGGGUACACGAGAUUGCUAAUGGAGAAUCCGAGCCUUUCACCAUCUGUCCGGUGGGUGCUGCUGUCUCUACCGAAUGAACUACUGGAGCAGAUCCUUCUCUCUCCCUCACUUUGCGUGCCUGAUCUCUGCCGUGUACGGCGAGUGUGUUGGCAUCUCAGGAACGUAGUGGACCGCCUAUGGACCGAGGUGGCCAUGUCCAGAUGGAGAGGGUGGGGCUCAAUCUCAGGCUCCACCCACUGGGAGUGGUACAGUCUGUGCUGCCAGAGGUACCAGUGUGAAUGCCAACUCACUUCUGUAUUUGACCGCCUCAGUCACCGCUGCUACAAGCUGUAUUUUACAGAUGAAGAUGAGCUGGAAAUCUUUUCCACCGUCUUGCAGAAGAAAGCGUUCUCCCCUGAUGUUCUACUGUGUGUCUUGUCGGAUGUACUACAGACUCCACCAGAUGCAGCAAACCUGACACAACAGUUUUAUGCACUGCAUGGUAAGGAGUACCUUAUUCGCCAGCAGCUCAUUUCAGAAUGGAGAGAGCUUUUACAAUUACCUGACCAGGAGCAAACACUGGAGAAAGGUGCGAUUCUGAUUGCUCAGUGGAUGAGACCUUGCCACUGCCCUGGAUCCUCUGACAUUGCCCUGCAACUGGACUCUAUUGCUGAGAUGGUGGCCGUGCACCUGGUGGGUGGUGCCACACAUGAGGAGGGGGAGGUGAGAGACACAAAGAGGGUCAGACGGAGUGCCCUAGCCAGGGUGAAGGAGGAGGGUUGUCACUCAGUGGACGAAAGACUGGCCGCUAUCAAUUCAGUGAUGUAUGAUCAGCUCGGAUAUAAGGGAGCAGGCGAGGCCUACUAUGAAUUGGACAACUCUUUCAUUGACCGAGUGUUGGAGAGGAGAACGGGUAUUCCCAUCACACUGUGUGUGAUAUACGAGGCCGUUGCCAGAAGGUUGGGAGUCCAUCUUCAUCCCGUGAACUUUCCUCAACAUUUUGUCCUUCAAAUUACACGUGGAAAGAAUGGGCCAAGACCACAUCCUGAUCACUGUGUAAUUGAUGCAUACUUUCGAGGCCAACGACUAACCCUUAAUGAACUUAACUCUCGCACAUUUGGUAGAGCAGGUGUCCCUAGAGUCACCGUACCAGCACAACCUGUGGACGUGUUUGCACGGUUCCUGAACAACAUCUCCCUCCUCGUGAACAGAAUGAACAUUGAGCGAGUCAUUCACGCAGCUUCUGGACAAUGGUUGCCCAUUCCUCUGCUCUCAUAUCUCUAUCUCCGAACUUCACUUAUGCGUCUCGAGAACAAUUCAUUCAUUGCCGUACACCAGAGGCAACAUGAUAUUUCCACAUGCAUCGAACUGCAGUACAACCCUAGACAGGUGUUGAGUGUUGUGGAACCAGCAACUCCCUGUACUAGUCCCCAGGAGGUCUUGUACCCUGUAAUAUUUCCCAUAAAACUAAGGGGAAUGGUGGCAGUGAGGGAGGCCAGGAUGGGAAAAGCCCCAGAGCAGAAGAGACAUUCCAUUACCACCAACGUCAAGUUCAGCGUAGGAAUGGUCAUGAAGCAUAAAAGGUAUAAUUACCGAUGUGUCAUCUAUGGAUGGGAUGAGAAGUGCGUGCAGAGUGAGGACUGGAUAGCCCAGAUGAGGGUAGACCAACACCCUCCCGGCAGACACCAGCCAUUCUACAAUGUCCUGGCUCACGACGGAAGCAACAGAUAUGCAGCUCAAGGUUAACCAGUAAAUGGCAGGCCAGUUUAACAUGAUAGCACAUACAAGCACCAAUGAGGCCGUGAUACAAAGAUGGAGCAAACAAGUCAACUAUACCCAGGACAAUUCUAAAAGAAGAGCUGCCAGGAUUAGAACCCACGACACUCUGCUGUCAAUCUUACCCACUGAGCAAUGGCAAACCUCACUAUGGUACAGUAAAUUCUCACUUAAAACGAAUGUGGCAGUAUAUAAGGGCUAAAUUUAGACAUUUUACUAAAGAUAGAACAAAACAGUAGGGCACAGUGAAAGAAUUCAAUUAAGUUCCGUUUUUAGUAACUAAAUUUAGCCCUUAGACCUAGAUCCUCACGGCACGACAAAGCAACAUGUUUAUUAUUGUGAACCUAGCCUUAUGUCCGCAUACACCAGUUUUAUCCCUUGCAAUUUGCCAGUAUUCUUUUAAGUGCAACUCAAAACCAGGUGAGAGGUUCAAUUUUACGCUGCUAUGUAUAUACUCGCAUGCUCGUAAUAUUUUUAUAGUGAGCCUAAUGGAGUGUCCAUCAGAUGAGAUGGGACCUAUCCCCCACUGGGAAGUUGGAAAGUAUUUCACUCGAUUCACUGGCAAGAAUUACAUUCCAAAUGCACCUCUCAAGGAAGUAUACCCUGAUGAUCCCUGAACAACAAGUUUUUGGUGACCAAAUGCAGAUGAGGCUCAUAGCUAAUUGGCGAGCGAAGCAAGCCCACAUAGGUGUCUGAAUGCAGAAUGUAACGACCAACGGACCAACAUACUGUAAUCUUUACGUGAUUCUAUAUACAUGCUAAACAUGCACAAACAUAUUGAAAUGCUCGCACUGUGUUGUACAUGAUUCUAAAUACGCG